AUGAAAGUCAUGCCUUCCACACCUCGAGUCUCUAGUGCCGUCGUACUGCUCUCCAUCGCUGACAGUCUGGGUAAACUCCAAUACGUGCCCUUCGUAACAUGCAAUGAGACAUCCCGCCCUCUCUCCAUCCACUACGGCGUUCCAGAAACAAUCACCUGCACCGUCCCCGCCCUCUCAGACACACUAUACCACCUAUUGGAAUUCUACGUGCACUCCGACGUACCCAUGACCUGUCGCGUACCAACCGCGCCCCUAACACACUCAAGCGCCUUCUCCAAGAACGACCCCGACUCCUCUGACUCCGAGACCAACACCAACGAAGUCGAAUCAAACUCCCUUUCCGCACUAAACGACAACGGCCCACCCUUCACACCCAUAACCAUCGCUCUACAAGGCACACUGCAAAAAAGCCACCUCCACAUCUGGACAGACAUGAACAUGCUAAUGCACAACAUGGCCUCAGACCCCGCAGCCCAAGACGACACCUCCAAUGCCCAAACCCGUCAACCCGGGUACACAGUCGCCGGCACCGCAUACUCAACCCCCGAAUUCGAAGCAGCCCUGGCAAAGAUCCAACUAGACGAGGAUGACAAAGCUGUCGCGCUGGCGCAAGCCGCGCGCGAACCUUGGACACCGGGCCACGGGACGAAGGUUGUUCGCGGCGAGCCGUUGACGUUUUCGUUCCAUGUUGCGUGGGUUGAGGGUGGUGCGGGGAUUGGAUGGCCUGAUCGACCGGAGGCGUAUUCGUUUUUGGGGCCUGGGGGUAGGAUCGUUGUAGAGGGGGGGUCUGGGUUCUUUGCCAGUGCGUUUUCUUUCUUAUGGCUGCUUCGGUGGGGGCUUUGGGGGCGCUUUAUUGGGAGAGGAAUCGGGGUGGAUUGA